AUGGAGUUACACAAACCUUUUAAAUCCCACGGCCCCCAGGGACUAUGGAGGCAAAAGUCAGAGACAGUCUGCAAGGGGCUGGAGGGGCUGAGGGGAAGAGGAGGCCCAGACGCAGCCCUCGCUCCCUGGGAGUGGACCAUGCACUGCAGCUGCUUGGCCAAGGGCCUCCCUGCCAUCUCCGCGGCUGGUAGCGCCUGGAUCCCAGGCCUGGCCUUCCCCGACUGGGCCUACAAAGCCGAGUCGUCCCCGGGCUCCCGGCAGAUCCAGCUGUGGCACUUCAUCCUGGAGCUGCUGCAGAAGGAGGAGUUCCGCCAUGUCAUCGCCUGGCAGCAGGGAGAGUACGGGGAAUUCGUCAUCAAGGAUCCGGAUGAGGUGGCCCGCCUCUGGGGCCGCAGGAAGUGCAAACCACAGAUGAACUAUGACAAGCUGAGCCGGGCCCUCAGAUAUUACUACAAUAAGAGGAUCCUGCACAAGACCAAAGGCAAAAGGUUCACUUACAAGUUCAACUUCAGCAAGCUCAUCGUCGUCAACUACCCUCUGUGGGAGAUCCGGGCAGCCCCGUCCCCCUGCUUGCUGCUGGGGGCCCCUGCUCUAUUUCAGCCAGCGCUGCUCCCCAUGGGUGUGCAGAGUGAGCUCCUACACAGCAUGCUGUUCCCCCAUCGGGCCAUGGCGGAGCAGCUGGCUGGACAGCGGACCCCUCAAGAGCCACCAGAGGCCUCUGGAAACAAGAAGGGGAGCAGCAGCAGUGUCCACCGACUUGGCUCUGCCCCGGUCCCCUGCCAGCUUGGCCCUUGCUGCCAUCUGGGGAGCCCCCUGAGCGACCUGCCCAGUUUUGCCUCCUUCACCCCUCCCCUACCAUUCGCUGUCCCCUCCAACUGGCCCUGCCGCUCAACACCCUUCUUGCCCCCGGUCGCCCCAGAGCUGCACUUCCCAGGGUCCCCCAUACCAGGCACCCCGCUCCCAGGACCCAUUUGUGCCCCAGCAGCCCAGCAUUUUCCAGAGCUUCCACUGUUGGCCAGACUGGCGCAGGGGGCUGAGGAGAGGCUCCGACUCUGGUCCCUGAGGCCCGAGGGGCUGGAGGUAAAGCCCGAGACCACGUCGGCUCCCAGGGAGGGCUUCUCCUCAGAGAGGCAGGGAGCCAGCACUGGAGAGGAAGGCCCCGCAUCCCCCAGUCUGGCGAGCUUCAAAGUAGCGUGGCCCCUGGAUCCUCCUUAA